GGGGAAGCCGAGCUGGGAGCAGCAAACUUCAGCCUGGAAAUAACAUUCCUGCUUCCACAGCUUCUUCUGCUGCUGUUCCUUCCUCCUUUUUCUCCUGGCUGGCCCCUGCCAGUAGCCCAUCAGCCAAAGAUCUUCGUCCCUGCUGUGCACAAUGUCUGCUUCAGUGGAUGACGUGCCUUGCAUGAAUUUUGAAGCCAACAUCUUUGCAAAGAGCCUGUGCCAGCACUGUUUCCGAGCCGCAGGGGCUCACCAGCAUGCUGUCCAGGAUCAUGGCACGGCGGUCACGGGGCGCGAUGCCUGCAGCGACGCGGCCCCGGGAGAGCCCUGGGACUCCCUGCACAUCCUAGCCCCGCAGUGCGAGGUAUACGUGUGCGUGGGCCCGGCCGAGGGCGCGGAGCGCUCUCCUCCGAAGACCUGCUUUGCCGUGGACGUGGUGGCAUCCCGCGUCGCUCGCGCCUCCCCCAGUAACGGCCUUCUCCCCGUCCCAGAGCGCCGUCCCGCCAGCCAGAAGCCUGAGGAGAGCUGGCCAAAGCACCGAAAAACUGACCCUCCCUGGGCAUCCACCGUGCCGCGCGCCGCGGCUGGCUCCCCGCCGGCCCGCAGCGACCUGCUGGGUGCCAGUGGGCACCUGUCCGGCGCGCGGGGCCGGGAGUGCCACGGGCAGCCCGGCGGCGGGGCUGCAGAGGCGCGGCACGGGCUGGAGCGGCAGCAGUACACGGUGCUGGCAGACCUGCCCAAGCCCAAGCGCCUCGGGCAGCGGGACGCUGCUGACCGCUACGGCUCCCGGACACUCAGCCCCGGCCGAGUGGAGGUGGAGAGGAUAUUCGGAUGCGAACGCAGGUGA